ACCCGGACGUUUGGACAAGUCAUUAUUCUGCAAUAUGCCCAAUUACAAUGAAAGACUUGAGAUAUUGAAAGCUCUUUCGCGAAAAGUGGACCUUGGCGAAGACGUCAAUCUAAGCUUUUAUGCAGAAAAAUGUCAAGGAUACUCUGGCGCUGACCUGCAGUCAUUAUUAUAUAAUGCACAUCUUGAAGCGAUUCAUGAAACAAUUGAUGCCGAAAAGUCCUCCGAGAAGAGGACAACCAUCUCUGAGGAUAUUGAAUUGCGAUUCACGUCCUUCAACAUGAAUUCAUCAAAGAAAGCCACAACCUUUACGGCCGCGGAGAAAACCCAAAUAAUAAAAAGGCUUGCACUGGUCAAGAAGGCGUCCCUUCCAAAAAAAGUUGUCAAGGUAAAAGGAGGUCAAGAUAAUGUGCAGACCAAGUCCAAGGCAGUAAUAAACGAUGUUCACAUGCAAAAAUCACUGAAGAUCACCCGUCCCUCAACAACGCCCGAAGAAUAUUUAAGAUUGGAUGCAAUAUAUAAUGAAUUCAUCACCGGAAGAAACGGUCAAAUGCCGAGCGGGAUCUCGAGUCACGAAAUUGGUCAGAGAACCACAUUAUGCUAG